CACAGUUCAGUACUUAUUUAUAUAUUUUCUAUUUUUAUAGGUCGUGGUUCCCGUCAACGCAAGGAAGUCGAUUACACCGAUAGUCUAACCGAGAAAGAACUAUUACGAGCCAUUGAUGAUGGCGCCGAAUUUGAUGAUGAAGAUGAGGAGGAAGAAGCUAAACGCAAGAGACGUAAACGUAAAAAUCGUAAAGAUGAUUCAGAUGAUGAAUCUCUGGCGGGUCAUUCGAUUAAACGAAGACGUCGUCAGAAUAUCGACAAAAAACUUAAGAAACAAAUGGGUAAAAUAAUGUCGGCAGUCAUAAAAUACACCCACGAAGAUGGUCGUAUUAUAUCGGAACCAUUUAUGAAAUUACCCUCUCGACAGCGUCUGCCAGAUUAUUAUGAAAUCAUUAAAAGACCGGUGGAUAUAAAGAAAAUCUUGCAGCGCAUUGAAGAUUGUAAAUAUGCCGACUUGGAUGAUUUACAAAAGGAUUUCGUGCAACUAUGUCAAAAUGCCCAAAUUUACAAUGAGGAGAAUUCAUUAAUUUAUCUAGAUUCCAUAGAAUUGGAGAAGGUGUUUGUGAAUGCCAAACAACGCAUACAGGCACAAGCUUCACAAAAUUCCUCCAUCACCGGUGAGGGUGGCAAUGCAUCGGAUAACUCAGAAAAUGAAGAUAAUUCCGGUCAAGAUAAUUCCGAUGAUGAAGAGAUAGCCUCCACCUCAGCGGCUGCCGUUAAAAUGAAACUUAAACUGAAUAAAACCAUAGCCAGCACACCCACCACUCCCACACCCUCAUCCGCACCCCCAGUAAGUGCUUCGACUAGUAAAAAGCAAACAAGACGCAAACGUUCUCAAAAGAAAUACACCAUAUCGGAUGAUGAUGAUGACGAUAUGGAUUAGCUACCACUCGGAGUGGUAUUCUCUUUGCAAACUCAUCAUGAUUAAAUGAAGAAGCUUCAAAUUGUUUCUAUAUAUUUACAUAUUUUAAACAUUGGUUUUUCGGUUUAUUUUGAUUUAGUUGUUAAAUAUUUUUGCUUGUCCCCCCUUUUUUCAUUUUAAACAUAUUUAUUCUUAAAAUAAUUGGUUUCAA